UCGAAACUUCGACACAAAAACCUAAGUGCAACGGGAACCCGCCUGCUCAAACAUAACUCCAGUUCAGUUUUGCCGGAGAAUCUUACAUAAGCAAUUUCUCUCACACACACGACCUCCAUAAAACAUAGCACCGGCGGCAAUUUUGCAUAUUCAUUCGACUCUCUCUCUCGCCCCCUCCCUCAGCUUUUUCAUAUUCAGAGUUUAGCAUCUACUUGAAGACAUGCCGCAAGAGCUUCCAGGUUUCUAUUUCGAUGCUGAGAAGAACAGAUACUUCCCUAUCAGAGGCCCUAUUCCUGGCUCAUCUCGAAGUAAUAAUGAUAAUAAUGCUUCUUCUUCCUCAAGCCGUGCUCAUAAAUCUUCGACUGAACCUGAACAGUCUAUGAUACGUAAAGUAUAUAGAAGAGCUACCGCUAAAAUGCUUCUAAGCAGGGAGUUAUAUGGUCAUGUCAUCAUUUCUGCGAAAGGAAAAUACAACUUUAGGGAGGAAUGUACAAAGGGACUAGUAUCAGAACCUACGAUUUGGAGGUAUAGUGGGACAGAUGGUAUUGCUUAUAGUGCCUUGGAGCAAGUAGAUUGUAGUACUGCCAUGCAAAAUGGGGACGUUAAGAAUGAAGUUCUACUAGCAGGCGGUACAAAUGGUUAUCUCAGUUUUCAUGUAGUUGAUAAACAUGCUCUACAAUUUACUCAUGGAGUUAGAGGCACACCAGAUUGUGCAUGGCCUCUUGAUACGAAAGCGAAAGAAAGAUCUGCUCAAUCACCUGGACAUCUAUGGAGACUUGAUGGAGCUUCACUGAAUAUGUCCUCUUCUAUAUCUUGCAUAAAGAAAUUCGGGAAGCCCGGUCAGCAUAAGAUUUUGAUUGCUACCCUGGGAUCUGACACAUCUGGUGGAUCUGUUUCUGUGCUGAACCUUAGUCAUCAACAUGCGCUCCCUUCAGGUUUACCCAUGAUACAGGGAAAUUUUUAUGAAAUUGCAUCAUUUAAUCGCACAGUUUGGACUGCAGAUUGCAACUCCAGGGGUAGUCAAGCUUUAAUAGGAACCAACCUUGGAGUUACAUUAUUGAAUAUUGAAACUGGAUCACAGUUAUGGGUUUGUCGUUGUAAGAGCGAUAUUUUCUCAGUACAAAUGGAUCAAUCGGAGAAUAGUGCAUUGUGUGGACUGCGAAAUGGAGCAAUUGUGAACGUUGAUUUUCGGCUGAGGCCACACAGCAAUUUUAGACUUACUAGACAACGAGUCGCGCUGCAUUCUAACAACACUAGGAAGUCAUUGAGCGGAGCUAGUCAAAAUGCUAAGAAACACUGGUUUGAGUUUAUGGGGAGCAUACAUCACCAUGGUACAAUAUCAAUGCCUUCAUCUAUUUCCUGUUUGGCAUCACUUAAGUUGUAUGACCAAUACUUUCUAGCGAGCUCCAUGGAUGGAUCUAUCAAACUUUAUGAUCAAAGAAUGGUUCAGAGGGGGGCUGUGCAAUCUUACGAGGGAAAUGUGAAUUCUCAUACUAAAAUUCAGCUUGGAGUUGACCCAUCAGAGAACUUUGUUGCAUCAGGUGGAGAAGACAGCAAAUUGCGGCUUUGGAGUAUCAAGUCUGGAGAACUACUGUUGGAGGAGAAGUUCAUGACUUCUAUCCCCUCAGUUGUUUGUUGGCAGAAAAGCGAAGAUAACUGUGCAAGGGGUGACUAUAUAGAUGAUGAGCACUCUUAUUGGGGGAAAGCCUGGCUUGGAUCUCGAGACGGUCUCUUUCAUAUGCGGUGGCCGUAGUUUGCCUUUAAAACCCAAAUUCACUGUCUUCUGAAUUCGUUCAUUUUCUACCUUGAUAUCAACGGGCUCUACUUGAAAUUUAGCAAAGUGCUGAAAUGGCCAUACUUUGGAUUUAUCAUCCAAGUUUUAAGUUGGUCUCUAAAAGAUAAUAGAGCUUAAUCUAGAACUCUGAUCAACUUCUUAAUCUCCAAAUUAUUAUUAUGGACGCCAAAAUAUAACUCACUCCUGGUGAUCAACUCUUCAAUCUCAACUAUCAACUUCUAUGGCCCAUGGUGAUCCAUUCAAACUUGUAAAUUUGGAUAUGAAGGUUAAAUAUUGUGGAUUUCCAAAGAUGUACUCUUUAGUUGGACUAAUGAGUCUUCAAUUAAAUAUGAGAUGUAUAUAUAUGAUCUAACUCAGUAACUUUGUUUUGUAUUUUUAUGUUGAUGUUUAUUAUGGGAAAUUAAAGACCUUGGCCUGAGAUUUAUAUUGAA